AUGUCAACCGCAUCUCCAUCCCCACAGCCACAGGGCCAACAACAACAGCAACAACAGAAACAAACAGACCCUAUGGCCCCAAAUGUAGAGGAUUUAUAUUUGGAAUCAUACGCUUUCACCACUGCCGCUGCAAUUGUUGGUGCUGUUGAUAGAAAGAUCUUUGUCCUCCUAAGAGAUGGAAGAAAUUUGUUUGGAAUAUUAAGAACAUUUGAUCAAUUUGCCAAUUUAGUAUUACAAGAUACAUUUGAAAGAAUAUAUUUAAAUGACACAACACAACCACAACCAACAGAAGGAGAAGAAGUACAAGCAGAAGUAAAAGAAGGUCCAGUUAAGUUUGGUGAAAUUUAUAGAGGUAUAUUUAUGGUUAGAGGUGAGAAUGUGGUAAUGAUGGGAGAAUUGGAUAUCGAUAGGGAAGAUGAUCAUUUAGGGCAAUUAACCCAAAUCCCAUUUGAACAAGCUGAACUUGAAUUGAAACAGAAACAUAAUGAAAUUGUUAAACAAGAGAAAUUAAAGAGUAAAAAGAUGUUAGAAAAGGGUUUAAUUCAUGAAUUUGUAAAGUCUGAUUUAUAUUGA